AUGAAUCCAUCGGAUGAGUGCUAUUUGGGAUUAAUAUAUAUUCAACAUACAUUCAAUGAUUUUAAAGAUAAUAAAAUUAUUUCUUGUGUGGAUUAUUUUCAAGAAAGAAAUUAUAGUCAACGUCAUAUUUAUACAUAUCCAUAUCUAUUGAAAUAUUACAAUGGUACAACAAAUCAUUUUCUUGAAGGAAUAUUUAAAUGCGUUCUUGAAGUAUCUUUAUUUGAUGAACGUCCUUUUGAACAUCAACUUUUUCUUCAAAUUCAAAAAUCGUUUCCAUUAUUGCAAAAACUAAGUUUAAUUAAUCGAAAUCAACUAUUUAAACAAUCAAAUCAUGAAAAUGAAAAUUUAUCAAUCAUUAAAUAUCUUUAUCUUAUUCAUCUUAAUCUGAUUAAAAUUCAUGAAGAUUAUCUUGAACAAUUUUUACUUAAGACUAAAAUGUCUUUACCAAAUAGCAUUUUUCUUCUAACAGAUUAUCAAUUACUAAAGAACGUCAUACAUAAUAUCACAAAAAAUGAAACACGAAAUAAUUGUGCAAAACUGAUAGACAUCUUUUUUAUUAACAAAUCAGAAUUUCAUGAACAUUUAAAAGAUUAUUUUCUGUUUGCUAAAUACCUUGAUUAUUAUAAUUGCUUAUUUAAAUAA